AAUGAAACGAAACCCUAGCAACAAGAUGCAGAGAGACUAGUGUAAGUGUUCGAUUGAAAAAUGGGUGAAAUUAGAAGAAGCCAUGGAGAAGACCCUGAAGACGACCACCACCACAAGAAACCUAAACUAUCACCAUUCAUCACUCAAUCCCAAAUCCAACAAGAGUUCGCUCAUCACCAGCAAGGCGUUGCCCGUCUAAACAACGGCAGUUUCGGCAGCUGCCCAGGUUCCAUCAUCGCUUCUCAGAAACGCUGGCAGCUCAAGUUUCUGCAACAACCCGAUGAUUUCUUCUUUAACCAACUACCUACCCAAAUCCUUCGUUCCCGAACCCUAAUCAAGGACCUUAUCAACGCCGAUGACGUCUCCGAAGUAUCCCUCGUUGAUAAUGCCACCACCGCCGCAGCCAUUGUUCUCCAGCACGUCGGAUGGGCAUUCGCCGAAGGCCGUUUCCACAAAGGAGACGCCGUUGUCAUGCUUCAUUGUGCCUUCCAAGCCGUCAAGAAAUCCAUCGAGGCUUAUGUCACCCGGGCAGGUGGCUCCGUCAUCGUCGUACAACUUCCUUUCCCUAUUCACUCCAACGAAGAGAUCAUCUCCGAGUUUAGAAAAGGCCUGGCAAGGGGAAAGGCCAACGGUAGGAAAGUUAGGUUAGCUAUAAUUGAUCACAUAACCUCCAUGCCCUCCGUCAUAAUCCCCGUUCGUGAAUUGGUAAGGAUUUGCAGGGAAGAAGGAGUGAGUGAGGUGUUUGUGGAUGCUGCCCACGCGGUUGGUAGUGUCUCGGUUGAUGUCAAGGAUAUUGGGGCCGAUUUCUAUGUCAGUAAUUUGCACAAGUGGUUUUUCUCCCCUCCAUCCGUGGCUCUUCUUUACUGCCGGAAAUCCUCCUUGUCCUCGGAGUUGCACCACCCUGUUGUAUCGCAUGAAUAUGGAAAUGGAUUGGCCAUAGAGAGUGCCUGGAUAGGGACACGAGAUUACAGCUCUCAGCUGCUUGUUCCCGAAGUUUUAGAUUUCAUCAACAGGUUCGAAGGCGGGAUUGAGGGAAUUAGAAAUAAGAAUCAUAAUGCUGUUGUUGAAAUGGGAGAGAUGCUGGCUAAGGCUUGGGGCACGAGUCUGGGUUCACCUCCUGAAAUGUGUCCCAGCAUGGCUAUGGUUGGCCUGCCUUCCUGUUUGGGGGUUUUAAGCGAUACCGAUGCUUCCAGGUUGAGGGAUCAUCUGAGAGACGAGUUUAGCGUGGAAGUUCCUAUACACUAUCAGCCACUGAAAGACGAGGUUGGAGCAAGGGACGAGGGUGGUGGUUUUAUCACAGGCUAUGCUAGAAUUUCUCAUCAGGUUUACAACACCAUUGAUGAUUAUAUCAAGUUCAGGGAUGCCGUCAACCAGCUUCUGCAUGAUGGUUUUGAUUGCAAGAUGCUUGGUAGAGAAUAAAUAAAGCUGGUAUGUCAUCACCACAUAAACUCAGCUUCUCCGUCAUUUCCAUUCCUUUCAGAUGAAAGAAAGAAGAAAAGAGAAAGUAGACAUAAUUGUGAUAUGUUGUGUAGAAUGACAGACAGAAUGGUGAUAUGUUGUUUGUAUGAGGAUGUUAAUGUUUUGUACAACAAUAUUCUUUACAAAAAUAUCAACAGGCAGGUCUUUUUAGCUAAUAUGGUGUUUUUUGGGUUCCAUACA